AUGAACUCCACUCCAUUUGAUGUUGGAACCAUGUUGCACAGUAGGCAGUCUCCUGCAAAUCAACAUGAGGUAAAGGAAAUGGAAAGCAAACCUUAUCGGCAGGCAAUUGGCAGCUUAAUGUUUGCAGCAACUGUCUCACAGCCAGACAUCAUGUUUGCUGUGAGCAUGGUGAGUAGGUUUUUACAUAAUUACAUUAUGAAGUAUCUACAGGGGACCAGGGUCCUGACCUUAAGACGCAAAGCUGACUCUACUGGACUGGUGGUCUACUCAGAUGCCGACUUUGCUGGUGAUUGUGACACUCGUUGGUCAACAAAAGGCAAUAUGAGCUUGUUAGCAGAUAGGCCUCUGACAUGGUGUUCACAUCGGCAGAAAUGUGUAAGCAGAUCAGCAAUGGAGGCUGAAUACAUAGCAGCUUCAGAUGCUGCUAGUGAAGUUGUUUGGUUGUGCAGUUUCCUCAGUGAACUUGGUUUUCAGUUAGACAAACCAACUACACUCCAUGUAGGCAAUCAGAGUGCAAUUCACCUGUUUAAAAACACAGAACAUCACAAACACACCAAGCACACUGACAUUAAAUACCAUUAUAUACAUGAACAUAUUGCAAAUAAUGAAACUGAAGUCUAUUGUGUUUAUUGUAAUAAACAGUUGGCAGACUUAUUCACAAAACCUUUAAGCACAGACAAAUUAAUAUCAAACAGAAAAGUUGUGCCAAUGAUCUCAAAAAAAUAA